CACCACCACCACUUCUUCCCUCCUCCAUCGCUCACCACGAUGAUCUCCUCUUCGCUCCGUGCCCUCCGCUCGGGCGCAGCAUCCCGCCUCACAGCGCCCCGUGCUUCCACUUCGUCCCUCGUGGCACCCGCCAGCAGGACCUAUGCUACUGUUGCAGAGGAUGUCCCCGCUCCACCAAAGUCCCUCUUUGAGCAAAAGGUAGACAUGUCCGUGGUGGAAAAGGGCAAGGGAUACUACAUCAACUACAAGAAGAUGGCAGACAACCUCGAGAUUGUUCGCAGCCGUCUCAACCGCCCCCUCACCCUCUCAGAGAAGAUCGUCUACGGACAUCUGGACGACCCUCAUGGACAGGACAUCUCGCGCGGUAACUCUUACCUUAAGCUGCGACCUGACCGAGUUGCUUGCCAAGAUGCCACUGCCCAGAUGGCUCUGCUGCAGUUCAUGUCUGCUGGUCUCCCCGAGGUUGCCGUCCCCACCACUGUGCACUGUGACCACUUGAUCGAGGCCCAGAUCGGAGGUGCCAAGGACUUGGCCCGCGCCAAGGAGAUCAACAAGGAGGUCUACGACUUCCUCGCCACCUGCACUGCCAAGUACGGCAUUGGAUUCUGGCAACCCGGAUCUGGUAUCAUUCACCAGAUCCUCCUCGAGAACUACGCCUUCCCCGGUGGAAUGAUGAUUGGUACCGACUCGCACACUCCCAACGCUGGUGGUCUGGGAAUGAUUGCUUGCGGUGUUGGAGGUGCUGAUGCCGUCGAUGUCAUGGCUGACAUCCCUUGGGAGCUUAAGUGCCCCAAGGUGGUUGGUGUUGAGCUCAAGGGAAAGCUCAGCGGAUGGACUGCCCCCAAGGACAUUAUCCUGAAGGUCGCUGGUGAGCUGACCGUCAAGGGUGGAACAGGUGCCAUCAUCGAGUACAAGGGUCCCGGUGUCGAGUCGCUCUCUGCCACUGGUAUGGGUACCAUUUGCAACAUGGGUGCCGAGAUUGGUGCCACCACUUCCGUCUUCCCCUUCAACGACAAGAUGGCUGCCUACCUCGAGGCUACCAAGCGUGGCGACAUUGCCAAGCUCGCCAAGGGCUUCCAGUCCUACCUCCUCCCCGACCAGGGCGCCGAGUACGACAGGCACAUCGAGAUCAACCUGAGCGACCUCGAGCCCCACAUCAACGGUCCCUUCACCCCCGAUCUUGCCACUCCCCUCUCGAAGUUUGCCGAGGCCGUCAAGAAGAACGACUGGCCCGCAGAGCUCAAGGUCGGACUGAUCGGAUCUUGCACCAACUCUUCGUACGAGGACAUGUCGCGAUCUGCCUCCAUUGCCGACGAGGCCCUCAAGCACGGUCUCAAGGUCAAGUCGAAGUUCACCAUUACCCCCGGAUCCGAGCAGAUUCGAGCUACCAUUGAGCGAGACGGCCAGAUGGAGACUCUGUCCGAGGCUGGUGGUGUGGUCCUUGCCAAUGCCUGCGGUCCCUGCAUCGGUCAGUGGGACCGAACCGAUGUCAAGAAGGGCGAGAAGAACUCCAUCAUCACUUCUUACAACCGAAACUUCACUGGCCGAAACGACGCCAACCCCGCCACCCACGCCUUUGUCGCCUCGCCCGACUUGGUCACUGCCAUGGUCUUUGCCGGAAGCCUGACCUUCAACCCCCUCACCGACUCGCUCAAGGGCGCAGACGGCAAGGAGUUCAAGUUCUCUGACCCCGCCGGAAUCGAGCUGCCCGCCAGCGGCUACGACCCCGGAGAGCAGACCUUCUCUGCUCCCCCCGACUCGAUGGACGAGCGAGCUGAGAUCAAGGUCGCCAUUGCUCCCGACUCGGACCGUCUGCAGUUCCUCGCUCCCUUCAAGGCCUGGGACGGCAAGAACCCCACCAACUGCCCCGUGCUGAUCAAGGCCGUCGGCAAGUGCACCACUGACCACAUCUCUGCCGGUGGACCUUGGCUCAAGUACCGUGGACACCUGGAGAACAUCUCCAACAACUGUCUCAUCGGUGCCAUCAACGCCGAGAAUGAGAAGGCCAAUGAGGUGUACAACCAGAUGACUGGCGAGUUUGGCGCUGUCCCCGCUACCGGUGCCCACUACCGUGACAACGGCAGGCCGUGGGUCGUCAUUGGUGACCACAACUACGGAGAGGGUUCUUCCCGAGAGCACGCUGCCCUCGAGCCUCGUUUCCUCGGUGCCACUGCCAUCAUCACUCGCUCGUUUGCUAGGAUUCACGAAACGAACUGUAAGAAGCAGGGUCUUCUUCCUCUGACUUUCAAGAACGAUGCCGACUAUGACAAGGUCCAGCCACGCUCGCAGGUUGACCUGGAGGGUGUGACAGAAUUCGCCCCUGGCUCAGAGGUGACCAUGGUGUGCAAGGACCUCGAAGGAAAGGAGUACGCCAGGAUCCCCCUGGUGCACAGCUUCAACGAGGGCCAGAUUGCAUGGCACCGUGCUGGAUCUGCUCUCAACCUGAUGGCCCAAAAGGCCAGGGAGAGGGCUGCCAAGGCCUAGACGAAAGAAGAAGAAGAAGAAGAAGAAGAUGGUGGUGGUGAUGAAAGCUAAAGGUGGCGUUGGCUCGGUAGCGUGGAAAGAGGAUCUUCCUUCUCGCACCUCCCUCUUCAUCAUCAUCAUCUCCUGCACUGCAACUUUUCGAAGCCGUCUUGUGUUUCCUUUCCCCGUCCUGUGUGCUUUGAUUCAUUCUUCUCGUUCAUUUCUCUUCAUUCGAAACACAUUCACGACCUUGCCUAAGCUACCGCUGUCAUUGCGACCCGAACACCUUAAUUCGAGUGAAGCACUACAGCAAAUCGCUUUGCAGCUGUAUGAAGUCUUCUCCGCAGAAUACUCUCGCCGAGAUAAAGACCAACGCUGGCAGCUCAUGUUGCCCAUCGCCGACUCGCAUCAGCAGAAGCUCACUCUUGUCGUUCCAGCGCAAGAUGCAAUGACACCCUUCCC